AUAAAGAAGAGUACACUAAACACUCUUCACACUCUAAUAACUGUGUUGUAUCGGCUCUCACAGCGUGCAGAGCUGCUGUACAGGAGCUGUGCAGGACUUUGUGCUUCUCGCUGUGAGUGUCCAGCUCCUCUCCAGCCCUCUGCUCCCCUCUCACUGCUAUGGUCGUUCACAUACGCGGGUGCAAUUUCAGCACCACAGACAGCUCUCUCUCCAGCUCCAGCGUCAGCACCGACGCCACCCUGCGGGACUCCCCGGCGCCCCAGAGCCGCGGCGGGCUGAGCCGGACCGGCCACACGGUGGUGGCAGUAUGCCUCGGCUUCAUUUUAGUGGCGGGGGUCCUCAGCAACUUCCUCGCUCUUCUUAUCUUCGCAAAGUUUCGCUCCCUCUGGACGCCCAUCAAUCUCAUCCUGUUGAACAUCAGUCUGAGUGACAUCCUGGUGUGCGUUUUCGGGACACCUUUCAGUUUCGCUGCGAAUGUGCACGGGAGAUGGCUCAUUGGAGAGAACGGCUGCAAGUGGUACGGGUUCGCCAAUUCCCUCUUUGUGAUUGUGUCCCUGGUGUCCUUGUCUGUUCUCUCCUAUGAGCGCUACACCACCGUGCUGCGUUCCUCGAAGGUUGACAUCUCAGACUUCAGGAAGGCCUGGCUCUGUGUCGGAGGCUCCUGGCUCUACUCUCUCCUCUGGACCUUGCCGCCCUUCCUGGGUUGGAGCAGUUACGGGCCUGAAGGACCCGGUACCUCAUGCUCUGUCCAGUGGCACCUCCGUUCACCCACCAGCGUCUCAUAUGUGUUGUGUCUCUUCAUCUUCUGUCUGCUGCUGCCCCUUCUACUCAUGAUCUACUCUUAUGGCCGAAUCCUGGUUGCAAUCAGGAGGGCGGGUAAGAUCAAUCUGCUGGCAGCUCAGCGCAGAGAGCAGCACAUUUUGGUGAUGGUGUUGUCCAUGUUGUCCUGCUACAUGCUGUGCUGGAUGCCCUACGGCAUCAUGGCGCUAAUGGCCACCUUCGGUAGGUCAGGACUGGUCACUCCCAUGGCUAGUGUGGUGUCCACCGUCCUGGCCAAGUUCAGCACUGUCGUCAACCCCAUCAUCUACGUGUUCUUCAACAACCAGGUGGGAGCCAAGGGCACGGUGGUAAUGAAUGAUGACCCAGAAUCACUCUCCAUUGCAUUUGAAUUUUAUAGAUGCUUUGUGGCCUUCAUUAAGUGCAGCAGGGAACCCCAGUCUGUUCAAGGAGAGGAGCACCAGACUAGGACACAGUUCUCUGGUUUCCUCCCCAUUCACAGACAAGUCUCCCACAGCUCUUCAAGACCUCAGAUCCUCAGCAGCUCCAGAAGCGCUGCCCUCUGCAGCCAGCACAGUGACCGCCACACUCUCGUUGUCUACUACACUCCAUAAAAUCUUUUUCAUCUGACAGACUGUGAAAGUUAAAACAAAUGUUUUUUUCCCCUGAAUUACUGUCCACAACCCAAAGUGCAACUAAAUGACACACAUUUUCCUUCUAUCUCUCUACACCCUGCUAUUGAUUUUACAUAUGAAGAUGAAUGUCACUGUCAACUCUUUAACAUUUGAAUGCAAAUUCAUUGCCAUGUAUUUCAGCCUCUGCUUUAUUACAUAUUUAAUUUGGUUAUGUGCUGAGCUUCCACAUAUGCAAGUGUCAAUGUACAUGCUUUGAAUGAAUGCUCUGAAAAUACAUGUAUGCAUGUAUGUGUUUGCUGCAGGUUUGACUAAGUCCACCCCCACUUAUCAGUUCACACCAUCUAAAGGCAUUUUUGAUUUUGAAGUAUCAUCCUGUUUUUUGAUCUUUUACUUUUUCCACAAUAAACAGCAAUCGCAGCAAACAGGAGUAUUGAAUUCAAUAGCCACACAGUUAUUAGUACAAUAUAAUAUUGUGUUAUAUGCUACUUAAAGGAGAGAAAAAUCAGUCAUUUAACAUACAGAGAUACUGAUGUAACACUUACAAGACCAUAACUUUGUACUUUUAAUAAAAUGAUCAAAUAUUGUUUGGAACCACAGGCAAAAGUUAUAAAGCAAAAGUCAGCAAUAUCAGCAAGCAAUAAAGUAUAAUCGAUUAAGGGGAUUCUGGAUUUGUUAAUGACAUUUAGUAUAUUCAGUGUAUUUAUUUAUACAUAUAAAUACU